CACAGUGACCGUGCCUGGGCUGGCGCCGUCCCGCCGCUACAAGUUCAACCUGUAUGGAGUGUGGGGGCGGAAACGGCUGGGCCCCAUCUCCACUGAUGCAGUCACAGCUGCAGAAGAGAUGGAGGAAGAAGAACCACCAUCCCAGCCAAGCUUAGGAGAACUGACAGCAUUCCAUGUCAGCCCUGACUCCGUCCAGCUGCAGUGGAGCGUCCCCGAGGGCUCCUUUGACUCCUUCACGGUGCAGUACAAGGAUGCACAAGGCCAGCCGCAGGUGCUGCCUGUAGACGGUGGGUCGCGCACAGUGACCGUGCCUGGGCUGGUGCCGUCCCGCCGCUACAAGUUCAACCUGUAUGGGGUGUGGGGGCGAAAAAGGCUGGGCCCCAUCUCUACUGAUGCAGUCACUGCUGUUAGUCCAGCAAAGGAUGUACAACCAACCCAGCCACGCCUGGGUGAGCUGACAGCAUCCCAUGUCAGCCCCGACUCCGUCCAGCUGGAGUGGAGUGUCCCCGAGGGCUCCUUUGACUCCUUCACGGUGCAGUACAAGGAUGCACAAGGCCAGCCACAGGUGCUGCCCGUGGAUGGUGGGUCGCGCACAGUGACCGUGCCUGGGCUGGCACCGUCCCGCCGCUACAAGUUCAACCUGUAUGGGGUGUGGGGGCGGAAAAGGCUGGGCCCCAUCUCCACUGAUGCUGUCACAGCUGCAGAAGAGAUGGAGGAAGAAGAACCACCUUCCCAGCCACGCCUCGGAGAGCUGACAGCAUCCCAUGUCAGCCCAAACUCUGUCCAGCUGGAGUGGAGCAUCCCCGAGGGCUCCUUUGACUCCUUCACAGUGCAGUACGAGGAUGCACAAGGCCAGACGCAGGAGCUGCACUUAGAUAGUGGGUCGCGCACAGCGACCGUGUCUGGUUUGCUGCCAUCCCACCCCUACCAGUUCAACCUGUAUGGCAUGUGGGGGCAGACACGUCUGGGCCCCAUCUCCACUGACACCAUCACAGCUGCAGCUCCAGCACAAGAGGAGCCGCCAUCCCCACCACGCCUGGGUGAGCUGACAGCAUCCCAUGUCAGCCCCAAGUCCGUCCAGCUUGAGUGGAGCGUCCCGGAGGGCUCCUUUGACUCCUUCACGGUGCAGUACAAGGAUGCACAAGGCCAGCCGCAGGUGCUGCCCGUGGAUGGUGGGUCACGCACAGUGACCGUGCCUGGGCUGUCACCGUCCCGCCGCUACAAGUUCAACCUGUAUGGAGUGUGGGGGCGAAAAAGGCUGGGCCCCAUCUCCACUGAUGCUGUCACAGCUGCAGCUCCAGCUCAGGAGGAACCACCAUCCCAACCUCGCUUGGGUGAGCUGACAGCAUCCCAUGUCAGCCACAACUCCGUCCAGCUACAGUGGAGUGUCCCUGAGGGCUCCUUUGAUUCCUUCACGGUGCAGUACAAGGAUGCACAAGGCCAGCCACAGGUGCUGCCUGUAGACGGUGGGUCGCGCACAGUGACCGUGCCUGGGCUGGUGCCGUCCCGCCGCUACAAGUUCAACCUGUAUGGAGUGUGGGGGCGAAAAAGGCUGGGCCCCAUCUCCACUGAUGCUGUAACAGCUGCAGAAGAGAUUGGGGAAGAAGAACCACCUUCCCAGCCACACCUAGGAGAGCUGACAGCAUCCCACGUCAGCCCUGACUCUGUCCAGCUGCAGUGGAGUGUCCCGGAGGGCUCCUUUGACUCCUUCACAGUGCAGUACAAGGAUGCACAAGGCCAGCCGCAGGUGCUGCCCGUGGAUGGUGGGUCACGCACAGUGACCGUGCCUGGGCUGGCGCCGUCCCGCCGCUACAAGUUCAACCUGUAUGGAGUGUGGGGGCGGAAACGGCUGGGCCCCAUCUCCACUGAUGCAGUCACAGCUGCAGAAGAGAUGGAGGAAGAAGAACCACCAUCCCAGCCAAGCUUAGGAGAACUGACAGCAUCCCAUGUCAGCCCCAACUCCAUCCAGCUGCAGUGGAGCGUCCCCGAGGGCUCCUUUGACUCCUUCACAGUGCAGUACAAGGAUGCACAAGGCCAGCCACAGAUGCUGCCUGUGGACGGUGGGUCACGCACAGUGACCGUGCCCGGGCUGGCGCCAUCCCGCCACUACAAGUUCAACCUGUACGGGGUGUGGGGGCGAAAAAGGCUGGGCCCCAUCUCCACUGAUGCAGUCACAGCUGCAGAAGAGACGGAGGAGGAGGAACCACCAUCCCAGCCACGCCUUGGAGAACUGACAGCAUCCCAUGUCAGCCCAAACUCUGUCCAGCUGGAGUGGAGCGUCCCCGAGGGCUCCUUUGACUCCUUCACAAUGCAGUACAUGGACGAGCAUGGACAGCCACAGGAGCUGCACUUGGAUAGUGGGUCCCGUACAGCGACUGUGUCUGGUUUGCUGCCAUCCCACCCCUACAAGUUCAACCUGUACGGCGUGUGGGGGCAGACACGUCUAGGCCCCAUCUCCACUGACACCAUCACAGCUGCAGCUCCAGCACAGGAGGAACCACCUUCCCCACCACGCCUUGGAGAGCUCACAGCAUCCCAUGUCAGCCCCGACUCCGUCCAGCUUGAGUGGAGCGUCCCCGAGGGCUCCUUUGACUCCUUCACGGUGCAGUACAAGGAUGCACAAGGCCAGCCGCAGGUGCUGCCUGUGGACGGUGGGUCGCGCACAGUGACCGUGCCUGGCCUGGCGCCAUCCCGCCGCUACAAGUUCAACCUGUACGGAGUGUGGGGGCGGAAAAGGCUGGGCCCCAUCUCCACUGAUGCUGUCACAGCUACAGAAGAGAUGGAGGAGGAAGAAUCACCAUCCCAGCCACGCCUUGGAGAGCUGACAGCAUCCCAUGUCAGCCCCGACUCUGUCCAGCUGGAGUGGAGUGUCCCUGAGGGCUCCUUUGACUCCUUCACAGUGCAGUACAAGGAUGCACAAGGCCAGCCGCAGGUGCUGCCUGUGGACGGUGGGUCACGCACAGUGACCGUGCCCGGGCUGGUUCCGUCCCGCCGCUACAAGUUCAACCUGUACGGGGUGUGGGGGCGGAAACGGCUGGGCCCCAUCUCCACUGAUGCAGUCACAGCUGCUAGUCCAGCAAAGGAUGUACAACCACCCCAACCACACCUGGGUGAGCUGACAGCAUCCCAUGUCAGCCCCGACUCCAUCCAGCUUGAGUGGAGCGUCCCCAAGGGCUCCUUUGACUCCUUCACGGUGCAGUACAAGGAUGCACAAGGCCAGCCACAGAUGCUGCCUGUGGACGGUGGGUCGCGCACAGUGACCGUGCCCGGGCUGGCACCGUCCCGCCGCUACAAGUUCAACCUGUACGGAGUGUGGGGGCGGAAACGGCUGGGCCCCAUCUCCACUGAUGCCAUCACAGCUGCAGAAGAGGUGGAGGAGGAAGAACCACCAUCCCAGCCACGCCUUGGAGAACUGACAGCAUCCCAUGUCAGCCCAAACUCUGUCCAGCUGCAGUGGAGCAUCCCCGAGGGCUCCUUUGACUCCUUCACAGUUCAGUACAUGGAUGAGCAUGGACAGCCACAGGAGCUGCACUUGGAUAGUGGGGCGCGCACAGCGACUGUGUCUGGUUUGCUGCCAUCCCACCCCUACCAGUUCAACCUGUAUGGUGUGUGGGGGCAGACACGUCUGGGCCCCAUCUCCACUGACACCAUCACAGCUGCAGCUCCAGCAAAGGAGGAGCCACCUUCCCCACCACGCCUGGGUGAGCUGACAGCAUCCCACGUCAGCCCCGACUCCAUCCAGCUUGAGUGGAGCAUCCCCGAGGGCUCCUUUAACUCCUUCACGGUGCAGUACAAGGAUGCACAAGGCCAGCCACAGGUGCUGCCUGUGGAUGGCGGGUCACGCACAGUGACCGUGCCUUGGCUGGCACCGUCCCGCCGCUACAAGUUCAACCUGUACGGGCUGUGGGGGCGAAAACGGCUGGGCCCCAUCUCCACUGAUGCCGUCACAGCUGCAGAAGAGAUGGAGGAAGAAGAACCACCAUCCCAGCCAAGCUUAGGAGAACUGACAGCAUUCCAUGUCAGCCCUGACUCCGUCCAGCUGCAGUGGAGCGUCCCCGAGGGCUCCUUUGACUCCUUCACGGUGCAGUACAAGGAUGCACAAGGCCAGCCGCAGGUGCUGCCUGUGGAUGGUGGGUCGCGCACAGUGACCGUGCCUGGGCUGGUUCCGUCCCGCCGCUACAAGUUCAACCUGUACGGGGUGUGGGGGCGAAAAAGGCUGGGCCCCAUCUCCACUGAUGCGGUCACAGCUGCAGAAGAGAUGGAGGAGGAGGAACCACCAUCCCAGCCACACCUAGGAGAGCUGACAGCAUCCAACGUCAGCCCCAACUCCGUCCAGCUGCAGUGGAGCGUCCCCGAGGGCUCCUUUGACUCCUUUACGGUGCAGUACAAGGAUGCACAAGGCCAGCCACAGGUGCUGCCUGUGGAUGGUGGGUCGCGCACAGUGACCGUGCCUGGGCUGUCGCCAUCCCGCCGCUACAAGUUCAACCUGUAUGGGGUGUGGGGGCGAAAACGGCUGGGCCCCAUCUCCACUGAUGCUGUCACAGCUGCAGAAGAGAUGGAGGAGGAGGAACCACCAUCCCAGCCACACCUCGGAGAGCUGACAGCAUCCCAUGUCAGCCCAAACUCCGUCCAGCUGGACUGGAGCGUCCCCGAGGGCUCCUUUGACUCCUUCACAGUGCAGUACAUGGAUGCACAAGGCCAGACGCAGGAGCUGCACUUGGAUAGUGGGUCGCGCACAGCGACCGUGUCUGGUUUGCUGCCAUCCCACCCCUACCAGUUCAACCUGUAUGGGGUCUGGGGGCAGACACGGCUUGGCCCCAUCUCCACUGACACCAUUGCAGCUGCAGCUCCAGCACAGGAGGAGCCACCUUCCCCACCACGCCUGGGAGAGCUGACAGCAUCCCAUGAGCCCGACACCGUCCAGCUGCAGUGGAGUCCCGAGGGCUCCUUUGACUCCUUCACAGUGCAGUACAAGGAUGCACAAGGCCAGCCGCAGGUGCUGCCUGUGGACGGUGGGUCACGCACAGUGACCGUGCCUGGGCUGGUGCCAUCCCGCCGCUACAAGUUCAACCUAUAUGGGCUGUGGGGGCGGAAACGGCUGGGCCCCAUCUCCACUGAUGCCAUCACAGCAAGGAAAGAUGAGGACUCACCAUCCAAACCACGCCUGGGUGAGCUGACAGCGUCUCACAUCAGUCCCAACUCCAUCCAGCUGCAGUGGAGCGUCCCCGAGGGCUCCUUUGACUCCUUCACAGUGCAGUACAAGGAUGCACAAGGCCAGCCGCAGGUGCUGCCUGUAGACGGUGGGUCGCGCACAGUGACCGUGCCCGGGCUGGCACCGUCCCGCCGCUACAAGUUCAACCUGUACGGGAUGUGGGGGCGGAAACGGCUGGGCCCCAUCUCCACUGAUGCCAUCACAGCAGCUACAGAAGAGAUGGAGGAGGAGGAACCACCAUCCCAGCCACGCCUUGGAGAACUGACAGCAUCCCAUGUCAGCCCAAACUCUGUCCAGCUGGAGUGGAGCAUCCCCGAGGGCUCCUUUGACUCCUUCACACUGCAGUACAUGGACGAGCACGGACAGCCACAGAAGCUGCACUUUGAUAGUGGGUCCCGUACAGCGACCGUGUCUGGUUUGCUGCCAUCCCACCCCUACCAGUUCAACCUGUAUGGCGGUGUGGGGAGGGACACGUCUGGGCCCCAUUCCACUGACACCAUCACAGCUGCAGCUCCAGCAAAGGAGGAGCCACCUUCCCCACCACGCCUGGGUGAGCUGACAGCAUCCCAUGUCAGCCCCGACACCGUCCCUGAGUGGAGCCGUCCCGAGGGCUCCUUUGACUCCUUCACGGUGCAGUACAAGGAUGCACAAGGCCAGCCACAGGUGCUGCCCGUGGACGGUGGGUCGCGCACAGUGACCGUGCCUGGGCUGGUGCCGUCCCGCCGCUACAAGUUCAACCUGUACGGGGUGUCGGGGAGAAAAAGGCUGGGCCCCAUCUCCACUGAUGCCAUCACAGCUGCAGAAGAGACGGAGGAGGAGGAACCACCAUCCCAGCCACGCCUCGGAGAGCUGACAGCAUCCCAUGUCAGCCCAAACUCUGUCCAGCUGGAGUGGAGCAUCCCCGAGGGCACCUUUGACUCCUUCACACUGCAGUACAUGGACGUGCAAGGCCAGACGCAGGAGCUGCACUUUGAUAGUGGGUCCCGCACAGCGACUGUGUCUGGUUUGCUGCCAUCCCACCCCUACAAGUUCAACCUGUAUGGGGUCUGGGGGCAAACACGUCUGGGCCCCAUCUCCACUGACACCAUCACAGCUGCAGCUCCAGCAAAGGAGGAGCCACCUUCCCCACCACGCCUGGGUGAGCUGACAGCAUCCCAUGUCAGCCCCGACUCCGUCCAGCUGCAGUGGAGCAUCCCCGAGGGCUCCUUUGACUCCUUCACGGUGCAGUACAAGGAUGCACAAGGCCAGCCGCAGGUGCUGCCCGUGGACGGUGGGUCGCGCACAGUGACCGUGCCCGGGCUGGUUCCGUCCCGCCGCUACAAGUUCAACCUGUAUGGGAUAUGGGGGCGAAAAAGGCUGGGCCCCAUCUCCACUGAUGCAGUCACAGGUGCCCCAGGAACACUAUGGGUGGGGACGCUGUGGCCCCGCGGUGCUCAGCUGCAUUGGGCACCUCUCCAUAUUCCCCCUGAUGGCUACGAGCUCAUCUACGGGCCCCCCAGUGGCCCUGUGAAGACACUGAAGCUGCCCCCUGAGGCAACAUCCAAGGAGCUGUGGGGCCUGGAGCCCACUGGACACUAUAAGGUGCAGCUCCGGGGCCGGGGGCUGGAGCCCCUCGAGACCACUUUUGACACCCCUCCCCUUCCACAUCCACACCCUCGGGACUGCGCUGAGGAGCAGCUCAAUGGACCAGGGCCUUCACGAGAGGUUCUCAUCUUCCUCGGAGGCGACCGACGGCGGCCACUGAGAGUCUUCUGCGACAUGGAGAGCGAUGGAGGCGGCUGGCUGGUAUUCCAGCGUCGCAUGGAUGGGAGCACUGACUUCUGGAGGGGGUGGGAGGAGUACGUCCGUGGCUUCGGGAACGUCUCUGGGGAGUUCUGGCUGGGGAAUGUGGCGCUGCACACACUGACGGCCUUUGGGCCCACGGAGCUGCGCGUGGAUCUCCGGACACCAUCGGAAAAUGCCUUCGCCCGCUAUCGGGAUUUCGCUGUCGGUGGCCCUGAAGACAAUUUCCGCCUCCAUCUCGGAGCCUACAGUGGCACAGCUGGGGAUGCAUUGUCCUACCAUGCUGGGAGCCCCUUCUCCACGAAGGACCACGACCCCCGGGGCCGUCCCAGGCCCUGUGCUGUUGCCUACACCGGAGCCUGGUGGUACCGCAACUGCCACUACGCCAACCUCAACGGGCGCUAUGGGGUGCCCACAGACCACCAGGGCAUCAACUGGUACCCCUGGAAGGGCUUCGAGUACUCCAUCCCCUUCACGGAGAUGAAGCUGCGGCCGCAGCGUGACUGAGAGCACUAGAAAGGUUGUGGGGUGCAGUGGAGCCUUUUAUGGGGUCAAUAAAGCUGCGAGUAACCA